AUGUCGAUUGGGGAGGUAUACGAAUGUUUCAUUCGGGAGGUUGGGAGCUAUAUGUGGCGGGACAUCGGUUUUGAUAAGGAAACAUGGAAUGAUGUUUCUAAAGCUGAAAGGGUUUGCAUGUUCCAAUAUCUUUCGACAUGGUUUGAUUUUGGAGCGAUUACAAAUGAUCCCAUGACUACAACUUACUGGGCGCCACUGAACAAUCAGAUAUGUGCACAAUAUAGAGGCCGCAAAAAUGUUGAAAAAUAUCGUUUGACUGGUUCUAUAGGGGAUGUGGAGGCAGCAAGGGCUCAAGCCCCUACUGAAAAACAUCAAAAACGCUCCGUUGGAAACAAAAAAAUUCGUAAGAAGCAAGUAGUUAAGAAUCGUGAAGGGACGUGCAGCUACGAUAGUGCUUGUUUUAAGAAAAAUUUGAAUAGAUUUGAAGCAUUUCAUCGUGCGCAUGUGAAUAAAAAAGACGAAUUUGUUGAUCCUUUGGUUGAAGACAAAUAUGGUACACGAAGGGGGCAUGUGAGAGGCAUUGGUCCUAAACCUUUUUCAGUUGCGGGUACAAGUACUUCAUCCCAAUGGCAAUCACAGUCACAAGCACCGCAACCAACACAGGAUGUUAAUGUUAAAACUUUUCUUCACAACCCGACAUUUGUGACGGCCAUUAGAGACAUUAUUCGCUCGUUUAAAAACCAAGUCAACAAUGAGGAAAACAACGAUGAGGAAGACGAAAACAUAUCGUUGAAUCUCACCGAAGAUACGCAAACUACAAUGGGUUUACUAUUCAUGCCGAUUACAGUUGGUCGUAUCCAUCUACACGCCCCUCAUCUCCGACCUCCAUCAUGCCCACAAUGUCAUCAUGAGUUUCUGCUUCAGCAACAAGAAAACUGCAAUCUGAAUCUAUGCAGAGAAAUCAUAGCUAUGCAAUCCACCUGUCAUCAUGAGUUUCUGCUUCAGCAACAAGAAAAGUGCAAUCUGAAUCUAUACAGAGAAAUCAUGGCUAUGAAAUCCACCUGGUCACCCCCACGGUAUAAUCUGCUCAAGUUAAACACUGACGGGAGUUCAAAAGGGAAUCCAGGUCCAUCAAGCAUUGGGGGUUUAAUAAGAGAUGGUAAUGGAAGAUGGUUGUGCGGGUAUAUCGGGAAAAUGAAGGGUAGAUCAUAUACAAGUUUGGAGGCUGAAGUUUGGAGCAUUUCAAAGGGUUAUGUCUAA